CCCAGCGCCGCGGCCCUGAGCGGCAGAGACGGCAAUAGGCAGAAAUGAGUAAGAGCCAGAGCUGAAGUAGUGCACGGCGUAAUUCCUGCUCUGUGAUCCACGCUCCAAGUGAAAAAACCGGGAGAGGGGGCAGAGAGAGGCAGUGACCGGCUCAGCCUUUGCAACCGGCUCAGGACAGAACGUCUAUAGAUAUUUAUAGAUACUAAAACAACAACAACAACCUCACCCUGAAUUGAGGCUUUCUUAAAAAGAAGGUCCUGGCAAUUCUAUCUUAUUUAAGCAAUUUCCUGAGUCUAAGAAUAGAAAUGAGCUGCCUGGAAGGCACUGCAGGCUGAAAUUUGGAGACAUAGGCUGCUUUAUUUUUUUUUUCUACAUAUAAAAAGCUUUCGUUUGGAUACUGGAUUUUCAUGUGGGUUUUUGCAGCGGAGGGAUGUAUGGUUACUUUUAAUUCUACUUUUUUCCCCCCUCUGUUUUAAUUUAAAAAACAAGCUUUCCAGUUAAAAAGCAAGGAAGCUGUUUUACCUGCGUGUGACAAUUCCAGAGGACACCGAUCAAGAAACAGGAGUGACUUGGUCUUCUGCACUACUUUACUCCUACCCCCAUUUAUUUUUUCGGGGGAGGGAAGGAUUUUUCCAGUCCAAGAACCUCUUGCCCCCAAGUUUUGGAAGGGGGGCUGAAGAACUGUCACCCAUCUGGGGGUGCAUGAAGGCUAUCGCUUUUCUUUCUCUGUCACCUUGGUUCUGUGGAGGCUUGGAAGAGAACUUUGCCUGGCAGAAGAGGAUGAUGUGGAAGUGGCUGGGCGCCCUGCUGCUGUUCCCGGUGCAGAUGGUGUAUCUGGUGGUGAAAGCCGCCGUGUGCCUGCUGCUGCCGCCCAAGCUGCGAGACCUGUCCCGAGAGAACGUGCUGGUGACCGGCGGGGGCCGCGGCAUCGGCCGGCACCUGGCCCGGGAGUUCGCCCGGAGAGGAGCCAGGAAGAUCAUCCUGUGGGGUCGGACUGAGAAAUGCCUGAAGGAGACCACGGAGGAGAUCAGGAUGAUGGGGACAGAGUGCCACUACUUCAUCUGUGACGUGGGGAACCGUGAGGAGGUCUACCAGCAAGCCAAGGCCGUCAGGGAAAAGGUGGGUGACAUCACCAUCCUGGUGAACAAUGCUGCUGUGGUUCAUGGGAAGAGCCUGAUGGACAGCGACGACGAUGCACUGCUGAAAUCCCAGCACAUAAACACCCUGGGACAGUUCUGGACCACCAAAGCAUUCCUGCCAAGGAUGCUGGAGCUCCAGAAUGGGCACAUUGUUUGCCUGAACUCUGUCCUGGCCUUGUCAGCCAUCCCUGGUGCCAUUGACUAUUGCACCUCCAAAGCCUCAUCCUUUGCUUUCAUGGAGAGCCUGACCCUGGGGCUGCUGGACUGUCCUGGAGUGAAUGCCACCACAGUCCUGCCCUUCCACACCAGCACAGAGAUGUUCCAGGGCAUGAGAAUCAGGUUCCCUAGUCUCUUUCCUCCUCUCAAGCCAGAGACAGUGGCCAGGAGGACGGUAGAAGCUGUUCAGAUGAACCAAGCCUUCCUGCUCCUCCCAUGGACAAUGCAUGUCCUUGUUAUCCUAAAAAGCAUUCUCCCCCAGGCAGCACUUGAAGAAAUCCACAAGUUUUCUGGGAGCUACACCUGCAUGAACACUUUUAAAGGACGAACAUAGGCUGGCACCAGGACUGCUCUGCAGUGAGCCCAGCACAAGCAUGAAAAUCCUCCAGGACUGGGAAUCAGCAGCUCUUGGCUUUCAGCCUGUUCAUGUGACUUGUGCUGCUCUGAGGCAACACAUUUCUUGCAGGUCAUAUCCAUAGUAACAUGACCUUUGCACAGGAUUGAGUGAGUGGACUAUGGACCCUUGGAAAGGAAAAACAGAAAGUGUGAAAUGUUUCCAUGAUGUUUAAUUCUUUAGAGUUCAAUUGUUAAAUCUACUCAUAGUUUUAAGAUGUGAUUUUUGUUUCUCAAGUGUCUGUGGGCUGCCUCAGUGGAGAGGCAGCACAUCCCAUCCCAAACACACUCUGUGCCCUCUCUCCAGAGCAGCUGCCACUGGUUUCAUUUCAGCUUUUUGAAUGGGGAACUUCAGAAUUACUUGGAAGAACUAAAAGAUACGGACGUUUCAUGGACGCUUCCUUCUCUUUCUUCACUUCCCAUCCCUGAUGAAGCUGUUCCCAGCACACACUGGGGAAGGAGCAAACCAUGAGGCAAUGUUUUCUCUGCUAAAGGCCACCCAGGACUUCUCUUUCUGGGCCCAAAAAAGCUGUUGUGCUUCCCCUCUGGAGGCUGGACAGGAAGGCUGAGGCAGCAGAGCUGAGAGUUUAAAUAGUGGGAGAUUCUUUCUGUCACUGAAUUCAUAUGUGAAAUUGUCGUUCUGAUUUUUUUUGUUGUUGUUCAUUUCUGAUAAAAUAUAAAUAUAUUUUUAGUGUUAAUCCCAGACUGCCACACAUGUAGGCAGCAGCACAUUGGGGAUGAACUAAAUCUAGGAACUAAAACUAGAGCCUGCUUGUACAAACAUACAUUCACUGACACAAUCCAUGCAGAGGAAAAUCCAUUAUAUCAGUCUGCACAGUGAAGUGGAAUAGUGCUCUAAGAGACAGUGCUGUUGUGCUCAUGAGAUGUGAAAUUGGGGAGCACAUUUAGCAAAGAGCUGAUUAAAUGCAUUUUGAAUUCAUCUGGGAAUAAACCCAUUGUGCUUUAGGAACAUUGAGUCAGCCACUGAUCAGCCAGAAGUGAUAAAUAUGCUUGGGCUGAGGUGCCAGAAGCAGCUAGACAUUAUUUAUUUUUGUAGUGAAAUAUUCUCUUUGACAGCCUAGGAAGGGCAGCACUGCAUUCCUGUGCAAAAUGCAGUGAGCAGCACAUUGGAGCACUGCUAACAGAGAAAUUAAAAUAAUUGCAAUACAGGAAGUAGCAAGUCCAGCUGUAGACACCUGAAUGAAGUGCCUCAAGGGUGGAUGUGUGAUUAAAGGAGUGAAUUUAGGGCUCCUGACUCGAAUUUCAAGCUUUUCUGUAGAUGUCCUGGAUGGCUUGGGGCAAAAUGCAUCACCUGAAGGAGCACCCUGACCUGCAAAGCAGAUAUUUCUGGUGUUUCCCUACCUCAAAAUUGCAAGUCUGGCUACCUAAAUGUCUGUCAAAAGUUCAGCAAAUUCAAAUGCAACAUUUUGUAGAAAGUUAAAGCAGUAUUUGUUCAUGGACCAGGAGCUUCUAUACAGAAAUUUGGAUGAGGAAAAAACCCAUAUACUAAAAUUUAUCAUCUAAAAGACUUCUGAGGCACAUCAGAAAAGCUGUGAGCUGUGCUUAAAACACUUCUUUGGUUCUGCCACGUAGAUUGGAGACCUGCAACUGAGGUGCAAAGGUGUGAGUGCUAAAAUCAGGUCUGACCUUGCUGCAGACCAUUGGAUUUCUCCUUUCUGGAGCUCUCCCAGAGGAAGGUGCUGCCAGAAGUGUUGGGGUCCCUCUGCCUGGGUGAGUGUUUGGAGGGGCUCUCCUGCCCGAGUCAGUGCCGAGCUGUAACCUGGAGCACUGUGGCACUUCUGGUUAAUCUGAAACUCCUGGAUAUCUGGAGAGGAUGAAAAGAAACUUUAAUCUCUGUGAUUUUGAGACACACCCUAGUAGAUGCUUCCAGCUUUAUUUUUUGUCAAUUUUUUUGAGAAGCCCAUCUCAGUGAAAAAUCAAGUGCCAUGAGAGGAGAAUGCUUCAAGGUUCCUUCCAGAUCCUUCCAGGAUCUGCCUGGAAUACUGAAGGUACCAGGUUUAUCAGGAGAGGUUGAUAUGGUGAUACCAACUUCUCCUUGUGCUCUCUGAUCCUUUCCAGUUUCUCAUUAAUCCCAGCUGGGAGUGCCAGGCUUGUAGCUGCAGGUGCAAUCACCUGUGCUGAAAGAGCAGCGUCCCCUUGAAAUUAAACCUUUGUGCUGAGAUUCUGUUCAUUGAUAACUUCCCAAUGCAAAAAUGAGCUAAAAACACACUGGAAUCCCCAUCCACCCCAAAUCCUGUCCCUUCAGUAGAUCUGCUCUUUCCCUGCAGCACAAAAAGAUGUUGCCUAUCUCCAGGGUUGCCUUACACACUGUUGAUUUCUUUCUGAUGUUUGCUGAUGAUUUCUUUCUUUCUGAUGAAUACAAACAAGCCAGGAGGAGCUGAGGCUCAUCCUGUCUGCUCUCACACACAGAGCUCCCUGUGCCUUCCCUCGGGGUCCCAGAGCAGACAGCAGGUCAAAUAGCAGCCACAGUGGGGGAGAGGCUUGCAGCAAGCAGAAAAUGAUGAGGAAAACAUUAACUUUGCUUUUCAGAUAGCAGGGAGGAGUUGGGUAAGAGAGAUCCUUCCCUGGUGAGUGUUGCAGACAGGACGGGCUCCAUCGAGCUGCAAACGUGCAUGGAGACUCUGAAAAGGUUUUUUUUUAAUAAAAAGGCUCCUCUGGAAUGCCUGCUGGGGUCUGCUGGGACCUUCCCACAUAAGGGUAGGGUUGGGUAAUGUUGAAGUGCUGCAAAUGUGGACAAGCUUUGUUGAAGCCUAAGGCCUUCUCCGAGGAAUUUCCGCCCUUUGAUUUACUUUAAUUUUGAUUUUCCCCGCUCUCUCUGCUGCCUCCUUCUCUCCACUGCACAAUUAUUUUCUGCCUUCUGUUUUCCUGUGUCAUCACUGCACUUUUCUGUGCCACCAUCUUGAAGCCAGAUGUCAUACAAGAGUCUGGAGUAAAUGGAGAUUGGGGCAUUCAUUUAUUAUCCUGCUGGAGGAAUCCAGGUGAAGCUGCAGGAGCAGCUCACAGGAGUUUCAUAGGAAAUUUAGUUUUACUUGCUGCAAAUUCUGAAAAAGGAAAAGAGUCCUCACUAUGGCUCAUAUCUUGCUGGAGGAAUCCAGGUGAAGCUGCAGGAGUGCAGGAGUUUGAUAAGAAAUUAGUUUUACUUGCUGCAAACUCUGAAGAAGUAAGAGUCCUCUCUAUGGCUCUUACACAGGAGAUUAUUGCUGGUUUAAAAUUUGAAUGAUAGAGAAACAUGAGCUGGUUUGGGACAUGUUCCCUUCACCAAAAAAAGGCCAAAUUUAAAUGGGAGGAUUUUUCAGCUCAAGGUGGUUUCAAGUGCUGCUGUUUAUAUUAAGUGAUUUUCAGAAUUAGCAAGGCAGGGCAGGGAGAGGAGGAGUCCUUUGUAUAGGAAUCUGAUCCUUCAUGUUGAAUAUUUCUUUUUGUGGUUUUUGAUGAGAAAAAAGCGCACCCUCGUGCACCCUUGGUGAACUUUAAAAAGGUUGUUCCAGCCAUGUCCCUGCCCAUGGCAGGUUUUAGCAGCAUGACAAAAAGGAGCGUGCCCUGAAAGUGGGAGCUGAACCCUCCCCACUCACCCAUUGUUCCAUUGAGGUUAAAAAGCAAUAGAGUCUGUCCCUCAAGUUCUUCUAGAACUGCACAGAAAGUGCCUGGGCAAGUGGUUCUGAUGUUUGCAAAGAGAAACUUGUUGUACUUUUAUGUAAUGUGUUAAUUAGUGUGGGUGGGUAUGAUCAGAUCUAGUCUUGCAAGCCUUUCCGACAACUCCCUGAACACUCCCACCUUCAGAUAUUAACAGAUAGCACUUGCCAAAGCUCCUAAAACCCAGUAACAGACUUAAUGCAGGCACAGCAGAAGUGGGUGCGUGGAUUUCCAAGAGAACACAUCUGCUUGUAGCAGACAUUAAUGUGGCCCAGUGCCUUCCUCGAGCUGAAAUGCAACUGCUGAGAAAAGAACACAAGGUGAUCCUUGGAUCAUCUCUUUUGUUUUUAUUUCUUCACUUGGAUUUAAUAGAUUUAAUCUAGGUGACAGCCACUUUUUUGACAGUACUGGUUCCUAAGUUUGGGCUAGAGCAGGAUUAUGUCAAAUGCAGUAUUUUGCAUUUUUACCAACCACCAGCCCUGGGAAUGAGAAUAUUCUGCACUGUUUGCUGCUCUCACCUCCCCAGCACUCAGAUCCUGGCAUGUUUGGAGUCUGAGCAAACCUGUCAGUCACCAGCAGCACUUUCAUUCUCCAGGGAACUGAAUCCUCUUUGACCUCAAGCUUUUCUGAAGGAGAUGCUGAGCUGUGAGUAGUGGCAGCCACAGAUUCAGGGACUUGGAGAGAGACAGGAGGACAAACAGAACUUCACCUGCUCCCUGCAGCUCAUUCUCUUCUAUCCUGUGAUUCCUGGGGCAAGAUGGAAAUUCAGAUACUUCUGCCCUUUUACCACCUCUGUUCUCCUGAGGUCACCUCAGCCCUGAUUGUCCCCUGGACCAUCCAAGGCAUUGAGUUCCUCUGCUCCAUUCUGUCAUUUUGUUUUCCAUAUCACCCCCUCUUUUCUCCUGUAGCAGAUCCUGUGAACAGAAACUCACACUGACCCAGCCUGCCUGGACUGAAGGCACAAAACUCUGAGACAAUUUUUAUCUUCACACCUUCCCAAAGAGUCCAAAUUUACUGGUUCCUUAUAGCUCAUCUUUGUUAUGGGCAUUGUGACAUAUUAGUACAGAAAAAAAUUAAGUGUGAUGAUUUUUAUGCAUCAAAUAAUGAUUUUUUCCUGCCUGACCUCCUUAAAUGAGGGAAGAAAGCAGUGUAAUUGGAGAGUGACUGAAAAGUAUAUGAGAAUACAAAAUAGAAGAUGCAGUCUUGGGGAGAGUGUGAUGGCCCUAAGCAGACAGAGGCAAGAUGCCGCCUUACCUCCCUGGAGUUAUAUAAUAACAGAGGCACAGAAAAAAAUUGUGUGAUGAUUUUUAUGCAUCAUAUAAUGAUUUUUUUCCUGUCUAACCUCCAUAAAUGAGGGAAGAAAGCCGUGUAAUUGGAGUUGGAGAGUGACUGAAAAGUGUAUGAAAAUACAAAAUAGAAGAUUUUGUAUUCACAAUCUUAGGGGGAGUGUGAUGGCCCUAGACAGACAGAGGCAAGAUGCCACCUUACAUCCCUGAAAUUAUAUAGUAAGAGGCACAGAAAAAAAUUAAGUGUGGUGAUUUUUUUAUGCAUCUAUAAUGAUUUUUUUCUGCAUAAACCCAGAACAAUUCCUCCUUAAAUGAGGGAAUAAAGCUCUGUAAUUGGAGAGUGACUGAAAACUUAUAUGAGAAUACAAAAUAGAAGAUAAGGUGCAAUUUUAGGGGGAGUGUGAUGGCCCUAAACAGACAGAGGCAAGAUGCCACCUUACAUCCCUGGAGUUAUAUAAUAACAGAGGCGUGUGAUUUCCAGCCAAAUGCAAAGUCUAUAAAAGUUGUCACUCCUGCUCAUUCCAGGGGGUCACCAUGCCCUAAAAAGCAGUCAAUUAAUUUUGUAGCUUGCUGGCUUGGAAACUGCAAUAUGCUGGUAAGUGAUAGCUGACUCUUGGGUUUUUGAGGGAGGGAAAGCAGCCCAAAGAUGCAAAAACAAGGGUCAGUUUGACUCCCUGCUCACUUUCUCCAGCUGCAAAGGCCAUCCAUCAUGUGUGGGUAUUACAAGGACAUGGUUGUGUCACUAAUCAUCCUGACCUGGUGCUACUGGGUAGAUGUGGUUCCAUUUCCUACUUUUUUCUUAAGCAAAAGCAUUUUUUAAAUAGGAUUUCUCUUUAUCUGGGUUGGUUGCCUCUGUAUUGUACAGGCUUUUCACAGAGAGGCAUCCUAGAGAUGAAAUUUCCCUAUCUGUGUUAAUCCAAUGAUAAUGAAAAUACAGAAGGGAGGAGUUCCCAUUGGAUGUCUUCCUUCCCCAUGAAGCUCUGUGGAACUAAGGAGAGGAGCCCUGUUGGAAGAUCAAUGCCUUAAAUCCAUCCUGUAAUCCAUCUCAGAAACCUGCUGGCUUCUGUCUGAAAAAGCUCCUGCCUUCCAAAAUUGUCUUCCUGCAGGUCCCUGGGGAAUUUGGCUCUGAAUUUGGUUUCCUGAGCAGGUCACUAGUGCACUAACAGAGUAAAGGCUGCACAUACAAACUCUGAACAGAUUUAAACUUCUGGUCCCACAGGACACUGUUGAUUUUUCCAGGCUGAAGAAGGAGGUGAUGUCAGGUAAGCAGUACAAACCUGAGCUCUGGGAGGGCUCUGCUUGUCCAAAGAGAGUUCAGGGCACAGCUCCCACCUCCUGCCUCAGAUCUGAGCCCUGGCUGGACCCUUGGGCCACAAUCUGCAAUCCCUGGGCAUCAAGAUUGCGUGAACUGACAUCUUCCCUGAUUUUUUAUCAUCAGACACUUUGUGGUGUGGCCCCCAGCUGCCCUUGGGCAUCACUGUUCCAGUUACAGCUUCCUUGUGAGAGGAAGAGGAGGGGCAGACCCCGAUCUCUCUGCUGACCAGGGACAGACCCCAAGGGAAUGGCCUGAAUUGUGUCAGGGGAUGUUCAAGCUGGAUUUUAGAAAAAGGUUCUUCACCCAGAGAGUGGUUGGACACUGGAAGAGGUGGUCCAGGGAAGGGGUCACAGCCCCAGAGUUUAAGAAGCAUCUGGACAACACCCUUGGGCUCAUGGUGUGACUCUUGGGGUGUCCUGUGCAGGGCCAGGAGCUGGACUCAGUGAUCCUCGUGGGUCCCUUCCAACUCUGCAUAUUCUGGCAUCCUGUGAUCCAGUGAUCCCGUAAUUCUGUGAUCCUGUGAUUCUGUGAUCCUGGGAUUCUGUGAUCCCAUGCUCCUGUUAUUCUGUGAUCCAGUGAUCCCAUAAUUCUGUGAUCCUGUGAUUCUGUGAUCCCAUGAUCCUGUUACUCUGUGAUCCUGUGACUCUCUGAUCAGUGUUCCCAGACACUGGGCUGCCACAUGGCAGCAUUAACUCCAGCUCUCAGAUAAGGAGGCAAUUCCUUGCUAUCUUUUCCAGGAAAGCCAACUCUUGGUGCCUUUCUUUUUUGCAGAGAGGACUGAGGUAAGUGCAGGGGGAUCAGCUUUUCUGGGCUGUUUUGGUGACAUGAAUGCUGCUGUCAUGUGGGAUAAGAAAAAAGGGCUCAUGUCAGAGGGAUGUUAGCAGAAGAUAGAAAUAGCAGUGAUGGAAAACAAGUGAUAUCCAAGCACAUAAUUCCUGUCCCCAGAGCCUGCUGGGAGCACUGAUUUCCUGCAGACAUGGCACACAGAAUCAGUUCACUCCAGUCUUACACCUCCCUCAACUCUGCCUACUACAAGUAGCAGCAGAGGUGACAAGCUCAUGAUCUCUGCUCUCUCAGCUGCUAAAUGGAGCAAAAUAGGUGGUAAAAAAAUAUAUAAAUCCAUCCAUCAGAGAGCAAAGCAAUUCUUUGGGUCAGUGUCAGCCUUAGAGAAUGGAGGAGUCUCUCAGGUACCAGAAAAAAAAGGAGCCACAGCAGCUCCUGAUUCCUGGAGGCCUUGUGCCACAUCUCCCCUUGUUAAUGGAAUAAAUGUGGAGGAAUAUGUUUGACUCAGUUCAGCCAUGGGAUUAAACAGAGCCCCAGAUCAGCUUGGCUCUCCUCUUUCCAGCAGUAAAAUGCAUUAUGUUCUGUUCUGAGCUCCCAUCAGAGCUGCAAAUUCAUGGACAGCCCUUGUGGAGCCAGGCAAUAUUUUACUGUUGUUAUAAGGACUGUGCAAAAGACAGUGGAGAGAAACACAAGCAAGCACUAUCACAUGUGCUUUGGUGGCUGAAUAGUCUGUUACUUUCAAUAUCCUGAUGGUUUUGACUAUUCAAUAGAAGCAGUCUGACAUAUUUCUCAACUGUCUGCUAUAGCCAAAAAGCCUUCUUCACCCAGAUCAACAAUUAUAAUAUUUUUGAAUCCUAAACCACAUUCAGUUUCUCUGUUGUCCUGUUGGUUUAGCUGAGGUUUAACAAGCAUGUUAAUCAAAUUAUCAAAUAUAGCCUGAAUUUCUCUAGAAGUGAUCUGAUGCUGACAUAGAAAAAUUAAAACUAAAAAAAUGUUGAUGUCCUUUAGCAAAAGUUUCUACAUAUGUUAAAAAGCACAUCAAUUAUUUACAAACAAUUCUGUUUAAUUGUGCAAUAGAACGCUCUGCUUCCAUCAUCCCAGGGACACAGAAUUGAACUUCAUGAUCUCAAUUUUACACAUGCAGAGUCAAAGCAUCUUCAUUCCAGUUUUAAAAAUAAAUGACAGGCUUGCAAGUUUUCUUA